UUCAUACAUAGAAUGAACAAAUGAACAAAAAGCUUGGCUUUAGAAAGGCCUUGGAAAAUAGACUAAAGAAAUCACAAGUUGCUGCAAAGAAGAAAGCAAUCAGCAUAUUUACAGCGAUGUCAGUGGCUCAUGUUGAUGAUGAAGACCCGAGCCCUGGUGAAGUUCGCCAUGUCGAAAAAGCCCUUCCAAAAGGUGAAUUCUAUACAGGCCAAUGGUGUGACAAUUUGCCUCAUGGUGAUGGAAAGUAUUUAUGGCCUGAUGGAUGCAUGUACGUUGGUGAAUGGUGUAAAGGCAAAAUGGUGGGGAAAGGCAAGUUCUCUUGGCCUUCGGGGGCCACCUACGAAGGCGAAUUCAAGAGUGGCUACAUGGAUGGAAAUGGUACUUAUACAGGUUUUUCAGGAGAAACAUACAAAGGGUCUUGGGUUAUGAAUUAUAAACAAGGAGAAGGUAUUCAUUGUUAUGCCAACGGGGAUUGCUACGAAGGCCAAUGGCGCGGUGGAUCGCAAGACGGACAGGGGAAGUACCUAUGGAAGAAUGGGAACCAAUACAUUGGUCAAUGGAAGAAUGGAUGGAUGAAUGGUGAUGGAACAAUGAUUUGGAGUAAUGGGAAUAGAUAUGAUGGUUCUUGGGAAGAUGGUUUUCCUAGAGGAAAUGGGAAUUUUAGAUGGCCUGAUGGGAGCUUUUAUGCUGCUAUUUGGAGUAAAGAUGGUCAGGAUCAGAAUGGAACUUAUUAUCCGUUCGGUUCAUUGACCGAUAAUCUCGAGGAUCCUCAAAGGGUGUUUUUAGAGGAUUUGAAAGAAUGCAAGAUAUGUCCUGGUGAGAAAGUGUCAAUAUUGCCAUCACAAAAGAUACCAAAUUGGCCUGCAAUGGCUAAAAGGAAUGAAGGGAGGCAAAGGAGAUUGUCGAAAUUACAUAACCAUAGUUGUAGUUCAUAUGUGAAUGAUGUUUGGAAUGCUGAAGGGUAUUCAAGGUUUGAAGAUGGAGCAGUGGGAGCUCCUAAUCCUGAAUAUAGUUCAAGAGCUUGUGUGCCACCGCUUAUGAAGAUGACGAAGAAGCAAGGCCAAAUGAUAUCGAAAGGCCAUAAGAAUUACGAUCUAAUGCUCAAUUUGCAACUAGGUAUCAGACAUUCUGUUGGAAGGCCUGGUCCAGCCAUAUCCCUUGACCUAAAACCUUCGGCUUUCGACCCGAAAGAAAAAAUAUGGACCAAAUUUCCUCCUGAAGGAUCCAAGCACACUCCACCGCAUCAAUCCUGCGAUUUCAGGUGGAAAGAUUACUGUCCACUUGUAUUCAGGACCCUUAGGAAAUUGUUCAAUGUGGAUGCAGCUGAUUACAUGCUUUCGAUAUGUGGGAACGAUGCCCUUCGUGAACUAUCAUCUCCUGGAAAAAGUGGAAUGUUCUUUUACUUGACCAAUGAUGACAGAUACAUGAUAAAGACCAUGAAAAAGGCUGAAGGAAAAGUUCUCAUAAGAAUGCUCCCGGCCUAUUAUAACCAUGUUCGGUCAUUCCAGAACACUUUAGUCCCAAAAUUUUUUGGUCUUCAUUGUGUGAAACUAACUGGUUCAGCGCAGAAAAAGGUACGCUUUGUUAUAAUGGAGAAUCUAUUCUGUACUCGCUAUGCCAUUCAUAGGCGAUUUGACUUGAAAGGCUCUUCACAUGGCCGCACAACUUAUAAACCCGAAUCUGAAGUUGAUCCGACGACAACCCUCAAGGACCUCGAUCUCAAUUAUAUAUUUCGAUUGCAGAAACUAUGGUUCCAAGAGUUUUGCAGGCAAGUCGACCGAGAUUGUGACUUUCUUGAACAGGAGAGAAUCAUGGACUACAGUCUGCUGAUUGGUUUUCAUUUUCGAGAAGUUUCUUCGUCCGGUUCUACCGAAGUUGUCACGCCUACCGGGUAUCAAGAUCCCGAAAACGAAGGCAGGCUAUCUCAAGCUAGCAAGGAUCAGCUUCCUGCCGAUCCCUCUCGGUGGUCUUCCAUUAGAUUGGGUAUAAAUAUGCCAGCUCGGGCAGAGAAGAUGGUGAGGAAACCGGAUUGUGAAGCUCAGCUAGUCGGAGAACCGACCGGUGUAUUCUAUGAUGUGAUCCUCUUCUUCGGUAUAAUCGACAUUCUUCAAGAUUACGACAUUACCAAGAAGCUCGAGCAUGCGUAUAAAUCGAUGCAGUAUGAUCCGACAUCGAUAUCGGCUGUAGAUCCGAAGCAAUAUUCGAAACGCUUUCGGGAUUUCAUGUUCAAAGUUUUUGUAGAGGACACUUGAGAAAAUAGUUAGACUUCGAAGAGAUUUCAACUUGGAAAGAUAGUGUCCAUUCACGCUCAUUCAAUCAUUUUUAUGGAGAUUCGAGUGUUUAAACGGAGAAGAUUAUCACUUCGGUCAUUCACAUGGCUAUGGAGGA